AUGGGAGCGGUCAUCUCCAGUUUUCAAGAUGUCGUGGCCACGCUAGGGUUCGUUGUGCGGCUCAUUGCUUCGCUCAACACCAAGUACAACAACGUGUUUGAGCGCGUGAACAGCAUGCCCCCGCUGCCUGUGGCCAAUUCGACAGCGCCCUACUGGCUCAACAACGCGCCAUAUCCCGAGCUCAAUAACGUUAAUGAUACCUCAUCCGUUCCACCCGAAGCAGACGUAGUCAUCAUCGGCAGCGGCAUCACGGCUGUCGCGGCCGCUAGGACCAUCCUGGAGCUAAGCAGGACACCAUCCUCCGUCUUGGUGCUUGAAGCUCGUGACAUUUGCAGCGGCGCGACGGGCCGCAACGGCGGCCACAUCAAGACCAGUCCAUACCAUAGCUUCAUUGAACUCCGCAAAACGCUAAGUUCCGACGAGGAGGCGCGGGACGUGGUGCGCUUCCUUAUGAGACAUCUGCCGCUGCUCAAGGAGUUUGCUGCCAAGUACCCCGCGGCGCAAAUCCGCGACGUUGAGACGGUUGACUUGUUCCUGUCAGACAAGGACUUUGACGCGGCAAAGAAGGAUGUGCAGAUGACCCUGAAGUGGCUGCCAGAGAUCGAGAUCGAGAUCUGGACGGCAGAGCAGGCGAGAGACAGGUUUGCCGCCAACGAGACGGUUGCUGGCGCCAUUACGUACAAAGCCGGCGCUAUGUGGCCGUUCCGAUUUGUAACGAGCCUCUGGAAGGACCUGGUGGUACAAUUCAGUGAUCGAUUGACGCUGAUGGCCCGGACGCCGGUCGUAGCUGUCAAGACCAGCACGGACGGCAUGGCAAGCCAUCCUUACAUGGUAGAGACUUCUCGCGGCACCAUCAAGGCGCGUCAUGUGCUGCAUGCUACGAAUGGCUAUGCGGGUCAUUUGCUCCCAGAGCUUCGACCAUGCUUGACGGGUCUGCGCGGCCACAUGAGCGCGCAGAAGCCUGGCGAUGCGUUUCCUGCUACGGACGGCAAUCGAUCCUGGUCAAUUGUGCAUUUACCAGGGCUUGACUAUGUCACACAGCUGCCAAACAAUGCUGACGGCAGUCAAGGCGAUGUCAUGAUGGGAGGCGGCUUCGCAAGAGGUGCAGAUGAAGGAUUGGACAACAUUGCUGUAUGGGAUGACAGCAGCAAGGACACGUUGACCAUGGUUCACAUCAAUGGCAUCCUGCCGUCUAUAUUUGAGCCGAACUGGGGUACCGGUGGCGGCCUGAAGAAGGCCUGGUCUGGUAUCAUGGGAUUCACGGGCGACAUGCGGCCAUUUGUCGGUCCUAUCCCCGACGCCCGCUCAAAGAAGCACAAGAGCAGCAAGCUUCAGGUCGACGCAGGCCAGUGGAUCGCGGCGGGCUUCAACGGCAACGGUAUGAUUUGGUCAUGGCUCAGCGGAGCGGCGGUGGGCAUCAUGAUUGCGGGUAGAGAUGAAGACAUGCUGGAAAAAGACAUUGGGCGGCCGGAUGGGAAGCUGGAUGAUUGGUUCCCAAGAAAAGCAACAGCGUGGAAUGACAAGAGGCUUAAGACGGCAAAUCUGAAAGCCUUGGCUGGCGAGGUAAUGUGA